CUGUAACGUGGCACUGUGUUCAUCUUGAAAGAAGGAGCCAAAUUAUUGAUGAAUACUCAUGUAGAAUUGCGUAAUAUACCACAAAGAGGUGACAUUUCAUCACUGCUCUGCUGCACCACAGCUGCGUGCAUCUAAUGCAUGCGAGAGGCGAUAGUGUUUGUUUUUCAUUAUAAGAAGUCUAUUGUGAUUUGCCAUGAAGAAAAAUUAUGGUAAUAAAUAACGGAAAGGAAUAAGUGAGUGGGACUCUCUUGAUUGUCGCGCCAUGUCCUCAUCACCGAGCCAAGACCCUUCCGCCCCCGCACCCUCCGCGGAGGCCUCGAAACUGAAGCAAUAUUUCCCGCCAGUCUCGAGCUGCAGCCCUUUCGAUGCCUUGUCCGGGCUGCAGACCCUUGAUUCCACGACCAUGAACCCCGCUUACAUGUCCCCCACGGGGACACUCGCAGGGUGUAUCCCGUCCCCCGACUCGUUCUUAACCCCUGCGACGGAGCAGGACGUGUUCACGGCAAGCCUCCUGUCGAGUGACGCCGACCGCCGCCACGACGCCUGGAUCCCGUGCGAGCAGACGCGCCUCGCCCUCAAGGCCCUCGAGAACAACCCGCCAGGGAUAUACUUCCCUGAGAAGGAGCUCCUCACCAUGCCAGGCAUCGCAAUCAAGGAGGACUUUGGCGACCCUAUCAAGAGUCUACUACGGACGUACGUCAGUGAAGACGCAGCGUCGCGACGUCAAUGCCUGACGGCGACGUCCGUGACACAGGACGACCGUGGCCUGCGACGUCUCAUCAGCACGGGCUGCUACCACGCGGCCGUCAACCUCACCACGCAGCUGCUGACGGUCUACGGGCAGGGCGAGGGACGGGCCGGUCACCCCAGCAAACAUACCGCACACUCCAUACAGCUGUGGUUCACGCGACUGGCGCUGCUGGUGAAGCUGCGGCGGUUCUCGCUAGCUGAGGUCGAGUGCGAGCAGUUCAAGUCUCUCGACGCGCCCGACCUCUACUUCGAGUUCUACCCCGAGCUGUACGGGGGGCGCCGGGGGUCUAUGGUCCCCUUCUCCUUCAGAACUGCUNCUGCCACCAGGUACCUGCUAGCCACCUGCCGCCAGCCACCUGCCACCAGGUACCUACUAGCCACCUGCCGCCAGAUCGUCCGUAACCUGCUCGCGGGUCUGAGCGAGUGCGGGGAGAGCGGCGCGCACCUCACCCCCGCGACGGCCGACGACGCACUGAAGCUCUGGCGGGCGCGCACCGUCAGGGUGCUGUACUCCAUCACUGCGGUUGCCGCGAGUCUUAAGGACUUCCGGCUGUGCUGGUGGCUGCUGCAGACGCUGCUGCGGGAAGACCCUGCCAGCGCUGCAGGUCUGCACUCUGCCCUGGGCCGCCUGCACCUGCACCUGGGGGACACUGCAGGUGCCAGGAGCUGCUUCAGCAGGAGUGAGGAGGCAGAGCGUGGGUCCUGUAGGGCGGCGUCGGUGAUGCCUCAGGUGCACGCCUCGUACCUCGCCAUGGCCGACAACGACUUCAGCGCCUCCGUCAGCCUCCUGCGCGAGGCCUUGAAGACCAGCCCCAACCAUCCGCUGGUGGUGAACAACCUGGGGGUGGGGCUGGUGUACACGGGGCAGGUACGUGAGGCCAUUGCAGUGGUGGAGGCGGCGCUGGGGGCGCAGCCGGAGCGUCUGGCGCACGAGAGUCUCGUGCUGAACCUGGCGACGAUGUACGAGCUCGAGUCCUGCCACGCCACCCACAACAAGAUCAAACUCCUGCAGCUUAUAGCCCAGCACAGGGGCGACGCCUUCGCUGUCGCUGCACUCAAGUUACACUGAGUUGCGAUAACUUGCUGCAUGAUAUCAACUUCUUGGGAUCAAGUUGGUGCAUGAGCACAACUUGCUUCAAGUUCAGCGAGCAGCAACGUCUGCCGAUAGCAAACAUGACGUCAACUUACAUCAAACACAACGACUCGUCCGCGCUGCGACGGUGAUGCGUGGUGCCGUAUCUGGGAUACCGCCACUACACCCAUUAUACCGUAUCAGGGAUACCGCCACUACACCCAUUAUACCGUAUCUGGGAUACCGCCACUACACCCACUACCCCGUAUCUGGGAGACCGCCACCACACCCAUUAUCCCGUAUCUGGGAUACCGCCACUACACCCAUAAUCCCGUAUCAGGGAUACCAAUCUCUGUCAUUCGGGGGAUAUAAAAUGAAAGCAUCUAGUCUUCAGGUAGCGAAAGCGAAACAAUAAUCCCAGCAUUUUCCAUUCUGUGUGGUUGAUUACAAGUAAAAAAAAAUUCAAUCUGUGUACCAAUUCCGUGGCAGCUGAAAGCUUCGUGUGGAUGUUGUAGAAUUGUCCUCCGUGAACCCUCCGACCUGUAAUCUCAGAAUUUUUUUUUAAUAAAACCUUCUUUGGCGUU